AUGAACGCCGCCGAUCGUGGCGUCAGGAAAAUAAUUCUGACAUCCCUGGCGGCGAGUGCGGCGGAGACGGCCACGUUCCCCAUAGACCUUCUCAAAACUCGCCUCCAACUUCACGGCGAAUCAACGCCGUCGGUCCGCCCGGCCUCGGCGUGCGGAAUGGCUCUCCAAAUCGCGCGCAAGGACGGCGUUUUUGGGAUGUAUAAAGGCCUGUCCCCUGCUAUUUUCCGGCACAUGCUCUACACUCCGACUCGAAUUGUUGGCUACGAACAUUUGCGCAGCCGUAUGGCACAGUCGACCGAUCGUGCGCUUCCAUUUUACAGCAAAGCAGUGAUUGGUGGGAUUUCUGGUGCUAUUGCUCAGGUAAUCGCUAGCCCUGCCGAUCUCAUCAAGGUAAGGAUGCAAGCUGACGGUCUGAGGGUCAGCCAAGGCCUCCAUCCUCGAUAUACGGGACUCUUUGACGCCCUGAACAAAAUUAUUCAUACUGAGGGACCUUUGGGCCUCUGGAAAGGCGUAUCGGCAAAUGUCCAAAGGGCGUUUUUGGUAAACAUGGGCGAAUUGGCCUGUUAUGAUCAUGUCAAACGAUUCAUUAUUCAGAAUAAAAUUUGCAACGACAAUAUUUACGCCCACACCCUUUCCUCGGUCGUAUCGGGCCUCUCAGCUGCCACAUUGAGCUGCCCGGCUGAUGUCAUUAAGACAAGAAUGAUGAAUCAGGCUGCAGGUAAGGGUAACACCGUCAAGUAUAGAAAUUCGUUCAACUGUCUCACGGAAACUGUUAGGAUCGAGGGGUUUAAGGCUUUGUGGAAGGGCUUUUUUCCUACGUGGGCCAGGCUUGGACCGUGGCAGUUUGUGUUUUGGGUGUCUUAUGAGAAACUCAGGCAGGUUGCUGGAUUACAGUCCUUCUAA